GAGGACGUAGAGAUGAGUUUUGUUGAAAACUUUUAAUCAGUGCUCCAUGUUCUGAAAGGAAUACAAAGGCCUAAAAAUAUUUUAAAGGCUACCAAGAACCAAAAACCACGUGUUAAUGUGCCAAUCGCACGCGCUUAAUCUCAUCAUCAUCAUCAUCAUCAUCAUCGUCAUGGGCUGAGAUCUCCUCUACAGCAUCUAGGAUCAAAUUUGAAACCCUCCACAAUAAAAGCAGUGGGCGGGGUUAUUUUAAGAGCGUACAUUGGUGGCGACCAAUCGCAGCCUCCCAACAGAUGCGCACCUGAGUAGCUGCCAGAGCGCGAGGCGGGCCGGCUCUAUAAAACCACCAGUCUCACAUGCCUCUCAUCCAGCAUCAGUCUGCUCCCCGUCGGACCUACACCUCCCUCCUGUCUCCCCCCUCUCCCAGACACAGCCAUGCACCUGAGCGCGCACGAGUCGUGCCACUGUUUGGUCGUACUUUGCAUCCUGCUGAGGAGUUGUCAAGCCUUCAAGAACGACGCCACGGAGCUCCUCUUCUCGCACGUGAGCGCGCCGGUGCCGGAGGUUCAAAGUAACGUGACCCUGAACCGCGCGCGGACCGGCGGGAGAGGACCGACCAGCGGGGCGCACGAGAGAGGCGAACGAAGCCAAAUCGGAUGCAGAGAGCUGAGGUCCACCAAGUACAUCUCCGAUGGCCACUGCACCAGCAUCAACCCCAUCAAGGAGCUGGUCUGCGCUGGCGAGUGUCUCCCAGCCCAGAUGCUCCAGAACUGGAUCGGCGGCGCCUACGGCAGGAAGCUGUGGGGUCGCCGGAGCAGCAACCAUGACUGGCGGUGCGUCAACGACAAGACCCGCACCCAGCGCAUCCAGCUGCAGUGCCAGGACGGCAGCACGAGAACGUACAAAAUCACUGUGGUCACCUCCUGCAAGUGCAAGAGGUACUCAAGGCAGCACAAUGAGUCGGGCAACAAGUUUGAGGAGCCGGCUCUGACGCCCCCGCAGCUCCUGCACAAGCACAAGUCCAAGAGCAAGAGGAGGCUGGGGAAGAACCGGCUGAGUGAGAACUGGCACGACACUGAACCCUGAGACGUUGAGUCCACAUGAACCUGCAGGAGUUUUGUCUCGGUGAUUUGGAGACAUGGCAUCCAGAGCUUGUGGAUUAUCUCUCAGAGUGACUGAUUUUAGGUGAAGCUGGUUCCUCACUAUCAUGAAGAACUCCAGAGGGCACGCUUAAGACUUUUCUUGACAUUUGAUCCAUGUGGUUAAAAGAUAAUGUGAACAGAACUGGGGUGUGCAGUCUGCAGAGCUUUCUGGAGCCCAACACACGUUGUCCCAGAUCCAUGUGCAUGCGCUCCUAUAUAUCCAUUUAAUAUGCAGAUGGAGAAUCUGUACUUUAGGCACCAACACCAGUAAACAUCUCAAACAGUCCUGUGUAAAUACAUGUACAUAUAUCAAAUUCUUACCUGCCUUUUGACAUAUGGCCAUGUGUAUAAAGUUUUACUAUGUAAGAUUUAUGAUGUAUGAUGUAAUAUAUUUUCUGUGGCAACAUGUAAUAUGAGUUUUGCUUAAGUGGCAUGAGCAGGUGGAUGAAAUCUGGUUAAAAGCUUUGCCAUCAGUCAGACUUGUAAUAACUUUAUAUGAAAUAAAUAUCACCUUUUAACACAUGCAUUGUUGUCAAUGGAGACUUUGAAAUGUAUGAUCCAUGCAGAGAAAUGUUUCAUCAACAGGAGGGCGGACAUUAAAACUUAAA